AUGGUCAGUAGGCGGCGUGCUGGCUUCGUUAUUGCUCGAGGACCUGGUACCCGACAGCGACGGUCAGCCUCUCCAGGUACUCUUGCGAGCUCGAUUCGUAUGGUAGAGCGCAUCUCUAAUAGAAGAAACCAAGCCCCGCCACCCCCGCCAACAAGCAUAGCAGCUCCUGCUCCCCAAGACGAAUGGGCUGAUGAAAAUCUCAAUAUCUACGAAGCUGGGGAACAAGAAAAUCAUGCCGACCAAACCAUGCGCCCCGCUCAACCUUCUAGUUAUGUUUCUGAUUAUGCUCGGCGUCGCGAUCAGUUAGUGACAGCAUGGAAGCAGCUCGAGAACUCCAUGACCGCGGCGUAUUUCACAUGUCAACAUCACACCCGAAACUGGACCACCUCUCAAAUGUACCUCCUCCCCCUAACCGAAUGUACAUGCGCCCCACAGCUGGUAACUACCCGAGAGCUUGAUUUGAUUCACACGCAUGACCGAUUGUCGGGUCAAAGCUUUACCUUUUGCAAAUGCAUCCCAGACCCGAUACGCCUGCUCCACUACGGUUACAUUGCAGCCUCGCCUACAACACCCCGUACAGCUUUUGCGAUCCCAACGCUCCAGCUCUACCAAAGCCUCUGGUAUGAAUCUAGUCUGCCGUACACUUCGUUCAUUGUUGGAUUAUUGUUCCAUCAAGACAAGCGCUCUCAGCAGAAAUUGAAAGCUCGUGGCCGCCGGGGGACCUCUCGCCAACUACGACUCCCUUUUUCACAAGCCCUUGACAUUUAUAACCGAAUUCAGAUCCUUCGAACCGAAAUACUCGGCAAGACGUUAGGUCUUACAACCCAGGACAGAUGGGCAGCAACGUGUCCAUCAUGCUUUGGACCAGAGGCUGCUGACGAGAAAGGCUCGAAUGAUGAGUCUCCCAAUCAGUACACUGGAGAAAACUACACACAAAUAUUUCUUGAGGAGCAGUGGACCAAGGAGCGGGACCACUAUCGAAAUCACAAAGAUGACGAGGCGGACCAAGCUAUAGAGCUUGGAAAACUGCUCUCCUUAGAGGAUGAGCUCAGGACAGCCUGGUCAGAUAUUCCCCGAUCGCCCGAAGAUGCUAUCUCGCGACUUCGUUCAAUCCGCAACAUGAUGGAUCAGAUCCAGGAGCAGCGGGAAAAGCUUGGCUCAUCGGAAAUCUUGGAAGGGAUUUCUGAAGAGCACCAAAAAGCAUUUUUAAAGAUGUUGUACGCUAAGACCGAACUCCGACGGAAGCACUUGGCCCUUCUCGAAGAAAAAAGGCCGCUUGAUCGGGUGCGCAUGGGGCGUGCUUCAAAGUUAGGUACCCGAGGCAAAGAGCGCCUGGUCAAAUCACUACGGAAACGAGCGGUUGCCCUAAAAGCCGUUCUAGACAAGUAUAACCGGGCCCGCAUCUCUUACACCAGGGCAUUCCCCCAUCGACCCACACCCAGUGCACCCGAUUACGAUUCCCUUUUACAAAUGGACACAAUGAGAGCAGGGAGGCAAUCUCGGUCAAGCCGCAAGUGA